ACACGUUUAAUAAAUGAACAACAGUUUAAACACCCGUUAAACGGGACUUUUUGCGUCAAACGGGCAGAACGGCAGCAUCAGCCAUGGCCCUAUCAACCUUCUAUUUAUUAUCCUGCGUCUUCGUAAUACUCGUCCAGCAUCGAAGCGUUUCAUCCGCGCUAGUAUCGCGAGGUUCGGCUCAUACAUCGGACGAGCAAUGCCAUCGGAGAGUCGUGGCUUACUACACAUCUUGGGGCAGCCGCGAGAUGACCAAGGACAUGAUGAGCUACGUCACCCACAUUUACUACGCCUUUCCCGACAUGUCAUCCAACGGAACCAUGUGGUUUACCAACGCAUCCGAAGCGCGCCUCCAAAAGCUGAUAAAUUUACGCGGAAAAGACGCUUAUCCUAAACUCAUGGUGGCUGUGGGCGGAUGGGUCAACCGUAUCUACUUUGACGGCAUCGCCCGCAAUGAAGAGGCCUUUCAGACGUUCCUGACGAAUUUGAAGCAGAUGCUGAUCAAAUAUAAUUUGGACGGAUUGGAUCUCGACUGGGAAUUUCCUGGAGAGCACGUUGGCGAUCGAUGGAUUUUUGUACUUUUUGUCCGUCGAAUCAGGGAUCACUUGGAUUUUUGGAGCUCGGAACUGAACCGCCCACGGUACAUCCUUACAUAUGCAGCACCGGCUCUCGAUACAUCAAAAGGUUUCGACCUGAAACGCCUCUUCGACGGCGACGCCCUGGACUGGGUCAACGUCAUGACGUAUGACUACUUCCUCCCGUUGGUAAACAACACGGAAGGACGCAAGGCCGGUCCCCCGUCCCCGCUGUUCUUUAGCGGACCAGCUGGAUAUUACCGCCAAAACGUGCACUACACGAUGGAACAGUACGCUUGCACCAUUAAAAACUGGAAUAAACUGGUGGUCGGCAUUCCGCUAUACGGCCGCUUCUGGACACCCGUCAACCCGACACCCGUCAACAAUUCCGAUCCAAUAUGGCGCCAGAUGGACACAGAUGUGUUGCAGGAGAACGACAUUCCGUGGUACAAAUUUAAGCCGAAUUACUUAGAUAAAGGCUACAUCACGGCAUUCAACGAUAAGGUCAUGGCUCCUUAUGCGUUCUACGAAGAGAAUAUGACGUAUGUGGGUUAUGAAUCGCCGCAGAGCGCGCAGGCCAAGGUGGAUUAUGUCGUGGCUGCGGGAUUGGGCGGGGUUAUGAUGUGGGCUAUCGACUACGAUGACGACGCGUUGUCAAUGUUGAAAGCCAUACGGAAAACCGACAUCUGCGGGAGCAGUUCCUCGGUUACGUCCUUCAAGGUUCCUGAAUAUCGCUGCUACGAACCGCGAUGGUGGUCGUACGACACCAGCAACUUCGGUUUAUGCGGGGUCUCCGCGCCGCUGAUUAACGGAGUGUACCCGGUUUGUGACUCGCUGGAUGCCGAGCACGCGUGUUGCGGAAGCGACGGGCAUUGUGGAUCAGGCGCAGAAGUGUGCGAAUGUCCCGACUGUGUGGACUAUCGAACAAAUCCCAGUGAAAUUCUGAAAAAUGCGGUGGCGCCGACGGUGACAGAAGCUGCCUGGUUUACCUCUGAGCACAAGCACUUUGGUCGCUGCGGAUUGGAUUCGCCGAAAAUCAACGGAACGAGCGCCAUCUGUAAUCCGGAUAACUCCAAGGCCCACUGCUGCUCCGAUAAGGGUAUGUGUGGAACCGGACCAGAUUUCUGUGGGUGCGAGGGAUGUGUCGAUUUCAAGGAGAACCCGGCAUUCCGGUACACGGAAAAGCAGCUGGAAGGCACUAGAAAAUGGUGGACGUGGGAGAAAGAACCGAAGAAUGUGGGACGAUGUGGACCGUCGGCUCCACUGAUUGAUGGAGAGGUCGCCACUUGUGAUCCGAGUAAUGCGGAUGGGUAUUGCUGUGGAAAGCUGGGGUACUGUGGAUCGGGGAAGAGGUUUUGUGAAUGCGAAGGGUGUGUUGAUUAUAGAUAUGUAUAAUUGAAAAUCUGUGGAUUUUUCACUGCUUAUAGCUUCAUUAUAAUGCUCGGCUUAGACUUCAAAACACUGCCUUAAAAUCGUUAGAAACGGGUAUUUAAUUAAACCAUACAAGAGA